GCGCGCGUGCGCACUGGAGCUCCCUUCCCUCCCAUUCAUAAAAAAGCCAUUUUCCCAGGCAGUGGUUGCAACAUCGCCGCUGAGGCAGCGAGCAGAGCUGACAGCCCCGAGCUGGAGCUGCGGGACUCCGGGAGCCUUGCGGGUUCCUCUGGCUGGCGUCUGAGAGUACAGCAGCGGCUGACCCGCUUGGGUUCGGGGAUUUACACAAACGUGGAGCGAUGCUUGUGACUCUGCAGCUCCUCAAAGGCCCUUAGAAGCCUGUUUCUCGGCGCGGUCCAGAACCUCCAGCCCCAUGGAGCCCCCGAUCCCACAGAGCGUCCCUUUGACUCCCAGCUCAGUCAUGGUGCAGCCCCUUCUUGAUAGCCGGAUGCCCCACAGUCGGCUCCAGCACCCACUCACCAUCCUUCCCAUUGACCAGAUGAAGACCAGCCACGUGGAGAACGACUACAUUGACAACCCUGGCCUGGCCCCCCCAACUGGCCCCAAGCGGCCCCGGGCUGGGGCCCCAGAAUUGGCCCCAACACCUGCCCGCUGUGACCAGGAUGUCACUCAUCACUGGAUCUCCUUCAGUGGGCGCCCCAGCUCUGUCAGCAGCAGUAGCAGCACCUCUUCUGAUCAGCGGCUCCUAGACCACAUGGCCCCGCCACCUGUGGCUGAGCAGGCCUCGCCCAGGGCAGUGCGCCUCCAACCCAAGGUGGUCCAUUGUAAGCCACUGGACCUAAAGGGCCCAGCAGUCCCACCAGAGCUGGACAAGCACUUCUUGCUGUGCGAGGCCUGUGGGAAGUGUAAGUGCAAGGAGUGUGCGUCCCCCCGGACGUUGCCCUCCUGCUGGGUGUGCAACCAGGAGUGCUUGUGCUCGGCCCAAACCCUGGUCAACUAUGGCACAUGUAUGUGCCUGGUACAGGGCAUCUUCUACCAUUGCACCAACGAGGACGAUGAGGGCUCCUGCGCCGACCAUCCCUGCUCCUGCUCCCGUUCCAACUGCUGCGCCCGCUGGUCCUUCAUGGGUGCCCUCUCCAUGGUGCUGCCCUGCCUGCUCUGCUACCUGCCCGCCACCGGCUGCGUGAAGCUGGCCCAGCGUGGCUAUGACCGCCUGCGCCGCCCUGGUUGCCGCUGCAAGCAUACGAACAGCGUCAUCUGCAAGGCAGCCAGCGGGGACGUCAAGGCCAGCAGACCCGACAAGCCUUUCUGACACUUUGGGUUGAAGCCCCAGUGCUGUCCCUAGAAACGUGAUUCCUCCUGCCAGUCUUCUGAGGCUGACCUUGCUCACGUGUGUCCUCUUCACAUCCGUGGCUUGGGAAGAAGCAGGCAGAGACAGCCACCAUCACCCACCCUCUGUUCCCCAAAAGGAUGAAGAUGUACUCUGGGUUUUUUUAGGGUCUUGGAACUUUGU